AUGAGCCAGUUCAAGGAGAAGCUAACGACGACGCAAAGCCUAGAGGGCAGGCUUCUGUUCGCCGUGCCCAAGAAGGGCCGCCUGAACUCCGCCACGCUCAACCUGCUUGAGGGAGCCGACAUCCAGUUCCGCCGCGAGAACCGCCUCGACAUCGCCCUUGUCAAGAACCUCCCCAUCGCCCUCAUCUUCCUCCCCGCUGCCGACAUCCCUACCUUUGUCGGCGAGGGCCGCGUCGACCUCGGAAUCACGGGCUGGGACCAGGUCCAGGAGCACGAUGCCGGAGUCAUCGCCAGCAACAAGGCCCGGAGGGCCUCUGUCGAGCUGAGCGGCGACGGCGCCGAGAUCCAGAAGGUCGGCGGCUGCGAGAUGGUCAUGGAGCUCGGUUUCGGCCACUGCAAGCUGCAGACCCAGGUGCCCGAGAAGGGCGCGUACGCGACAACGGAGGACUUGAUUGGCAAGACCAUUGGCACCAGUUUCGUGAACCUGGCUGCGGAGCACUUUGCCAAGCUGGAGCUGGGCAUCGACUCCGACGGCAACAGCAACACCUCGCCCAAGAAGCUCCGCACCAAGAUCAUCGAGCUCAGCGGCAGUGUCGAAGCCGCUUGCGCGCUGGGCGUCGCCGAUGGCAUUGUCGACCUUGUUGAGUCUGGAGAGACGAUGAGAGCCGCCGGCCUGAAGGCCAUCGACACCGUCGUGGACUCCCAGGCCUGCCUCAUCAAGUCCCGCUCGCCGUCGAACACGGAGCUGGUCGAGCUCAUCGCCGCUCGUAUCCGCGGUGUCAUCACAGCUCAGAGGUUCGUCCUGUGCCAGUACAACAUCGAGAGAUCCCGCCUGGCUGAUGCCAAGGCCAUCACCCCCGGCAAGCGGGCGCCGACCAUCACAACGUUGGAUGAGGAGGGCUGGGUCGCUGUCAGCUCCAUGGUCGAGAAGAAGAAGAUUGCUCUCGUGAUGGACAACCUGACCCGCGUGGGCGCUCAGGACAUUUUGGUGCUCGAUAUCCACAACACUCGAUAG